GCCAAACCGACACCGACGCACCGACAACAUGUCUGCCACCGACAACUCCUCAACCCCGAUGAGUGGAACAGGAGCUUCCUCCCCAGCUCCAUCCCCAUAUAUCUGGAUGAGCAGGAGCAGAAAGAGCACUGGUACCCCUACUCCAUCGCUCGCCUCCUCCAUCGAGACCCUAUCCACCGUCUCGGUCCCGGCCACCCCAAACAACACCGACGCCGAAGACUCAGACCUCGACUUCGACGUCAAAAGCAUUACAUCCGACACGCCAUCGACCAUCUUCUCUGACGACGACCUUCAAUCGACAUCUUUAUGCGCUACCCCCCUGGGCAGUGCCCUUCGAUGCAAGCCUCGUCUCUUUCGAGGACGAGAUCGCCGCUAAUAACACCGCCAACAACGACGCCGACUUAAGGUCCAUUGCAAAUCUGUGGCCUGAGCCAGAAUUUCACGCCUCGCUCCAGUUCAUGUGGAGCGGAGUAUGGGAUUUGGGAAGGGAAAGGGAAAGGGAAAGGGGAGAUGAGUUGGAGUAUGUUGUUCCUUU